AUGUACUCCAAGUUCUGGCCGAAGGGUGGCCUUCCUGGCAUCCUGCACCACUACACCGAAACUCUUGUCACAUUCGAAUACGCCUCCACGGCCCCUCGUCAACCUCACAGCAUCCUCUUUGUCGGAGGUCUUGGUGAUGGCCUUGCGACUACUUCCUACAUGUGUGAUCUUGUCCGCGCGCUCCAGCCCACGGAAUGGUCCCUUUUCACUCUCAACCUUACAUCCUCCUACCAAUCAUGGGGCCUCGGGCACCUCGACCGCGACACGGAUGAGAUCGCACAAUGUUUGAAUUACAUCAAAGAAUACAAGACGUCCAAGUUCGGCAACGGCAAGAUCGUGCUCAUGGGUCAUUCUACUGGCAGCCAGUGUGUGAUUCACUACUUGUCUCGACCCAACCCUCACACGAGCACUCCUGCGUUCGAUCCGGAUCUCGAGCACAUCCUUCGCAUGCCACUUGACGGUGCCAUUAUGCAAGCCCCCGUGUCUGAUCGGGAGGCAGUGCAAUGGGUGUUGAGCGAAGGAAUUGGUGGCAAGACGGGCGACGAGAUUCGGCCAGUGUAUGAGAAGAUGGUCGCAAUGGCGAAGGAGUCCGUCGCCAAGGGUGAACCUCAUGAUACAAUGCUCCCCCUGUGGAUGACGUCUCAUAUCUAUCCUGCGAAUACUGCACUCAGCUGUCGCAGGCUCUUGAGUCUGAUCAGUCCGGACAGCCCUCAGUCACCAGGUGAGGAUGAUAUGUUCAGCUCCGACUUGAGUGACGAGCAUUUGAAGACCACUUUUGGAAUGAUCAACGAGCGGGGCCUGCUCAAGCACAAAUUGAUGGUCUUGUUCUCUGGUGCGGAUCAAGCAGUUCCGGAAUGGAUCGAUAAGGAGAAGUUGCUAUCGAAGUGGAAGGGUAUCACGGAUCAUGAUGGCAAAUACCAAAUUUGGGAUCAAGAGUACAGUGCUAUUAUCCCCGGGGCAUCUCAUGCAUUGAGCAACGAUGACCAGGCUAAGCCACGGGAGUUCCUCGUGGAAAAGGUCCUUGGGUAUCUCAAAUCCGCAGAAAAAGUCUGA